AUGUCUGAAGACGUGGGUCCGGGUUUGAAUGAGGGCAGAGAAGGGGCGGACGCCUUCUUUACGGAGUGUAACUCCAAAGACAACUUACAGGCAAUCAGUACAAAGACUUUAGAAAUGAAGAUUUCCCAACUAGCCGACAAAGAGGCACGACUAUUUUGGUUGGUUAAUUCUUUGAGAUCAUAUAGAGACAGCGGGAGAGACACCAAGGACUUUCUCCUGGCACUGGAGGAUCUCCAGUGGCAGAGUGAUUGGAAGCUGGUGUCAUUAGAUGUAGAAAGUCUGUAUACCCGCAUUCCUCAGCAUGCGGGAGUGGAUGCGGCCGUGGAUAUGCUGAAUCUUACUGAUAAGGAUGAGAUCGAUGUCCAAUUUGUGAAGGAGGCGCUACUUUUUGUACUGGGUAACAAUACUUUCAGGUUCGGACAGCAAUGUUAUCGACAGACAUUCCUGUGCUACGUGGAUGAUGUCUUCAUGGUGUGGAAGGGAACACGGGCUCAAUGUGAGGAAUUUGUUUCCUAUUUAAAUCGCGAGAAUGACAUGAACAUGCGCUUCACCUUGAAUUUUGGAGAAUCCCGAUCUGAAGCCAUUCUGAAGUCGGCUAGUAAUCUGGAACGACAUGAUUUAGAAACUCUUCUUCAGAUUCUCUCAAGCAAUUUAGAUGCUUCAGCACAAGAGCAGAUCUUAAUCACUCUCUGUAACAUCUCAGCAUUGUCCGUAAACCAUGAUAUUAUUCGGAAUUUAGAUGGUAUUUGUAUUAUUGGAGGGUUCCUUUCACACGCUGAUCCAAAAAUUAAAGCAGGUGCUCUUAAUGUACUCAACAACCUGAGCUUGAACCUACCAAAUCAGGAACAAAUACAGGCUUUUAUAAAUGAAGUAUUAAAGGAUAUCACAGAAUGUUCGUUAAAUUCUGAAGUCCAGCUGGCUGGCCUGAGACUGGUGAUCAAUAUGUCAGUCACCAAUAAGUACCAUAAAAAGAUGGAAGAUUCUAGUCAAAAUCUACUCAAUUUACUAGACGAAGGAAAUGACACCACCAAGAUACACACAGUAAAACUUCUUGUGAACAUGUCUGCAAAUCCUUUGAUGACUAGACCUCUCCUUGCAAGUAAGGCACCAUCAUUGUUCCCAUCGUUCUUUGAUGGCAGCAUUAAUAGGGAUGUACUCAUAAGAGCCCUGAGUUUUACAGCAAAUCUUUCUGAGAACCUGGCUAAAGAGCAGCAGUAUGAUGGCCCCCGUCACCUUAAAGAAGACUCCACCCAUGCAGUUCUGUUUAAAGAUCCAGCAGUGCUCCAAAGAAAUCUUGUACCAUUAUUACUCUUCCCCGACAUGGAAAUAAAAGAAGAAGCCUAUAGAUGUAUUAGAAGUACUGAAACAUUACUAAUGGAACGCAGGAAAAGUUCUUUGUUUUUUAUCUUCAGUUAG